UUUCCUCCGAAACCAGACAACACUCCGACCACUCGGCUUACGCGGCUGCUUCUUCGACCUUCCUCUGACCCUCUCUCUCUCUCUCUCCUCGGAUGGUCUACGAUUUCGAGUUCCGGGAAGCAGGCCACCUCCCUCUGUACCGGACCCCCACGCAACCGCCGUCAUCUUCAGCGCCGCCCCCGCCGUCCUACGGACAGAGGAUGUACCCGCGGGUGGGUAGCCAGCACGGCGCCGCCGUGGCACCUCCACCGGCUGGCCGCCCCUAUGGCGCUCACCCACCUCCCCCUUCUUCCACUGGAUUGGGCAUCAGGGUUACUGUAAAACCCGAGUACCGGAUCAAUCCUCCGCCCCAAAUGUCACCUCAUGUGGGAGAAAUACCCCGAAGCAAUUUUCACUUCGACUUUGAUUUUGAGAGAAAAAUUCUAGCUGAAGCGGAGAAGGAAAACCCAAACUGGGGCAAGCUUGCUAUGGAAAACCAACCACUAAGGACUGCUCAACCAAUUACGCCACAGGGUCCUGUUGGAGAUCCCGUAGUUUCCAAGUACAUUGCCAUGGGUCUUAACCGUGAAGCUGUUUCAAUUGCCGUUGCAAAAUAUGGGGAUGACCCUAACAAGGUGAAGGGGUUUGUAAAUGGCUACACAGCGCUGCGGGAAAUGGGGUUCUCUUCGAGCACAGUUGCUGAGGCUCUAUUCAUGAACAACAACGAUACAAAUAAGGCAUUGGCCCACUGUCUGUCUUAAUGGCUCUUGAUAGAAGUCCAGUGACAUUGUUGCUGUCGAAUAGCAAAACACAUCUUAUCAUUUCAUUAUCUCGAAAUCUAUGUUCCUGUAGUUUGAUGCUGAUCAGAUUGCCGUCCAUGAGUGGGGGCUAUCUCAUGUAACCAAGUGAUGUAUUAGUUUCCCAUCAACAAUGAAUUGCUUCUUUUGCCAGAGCGGUCUUGAUGAAGGAGAGAAAGGCAGUAGAUCGAUUUCCUUAUGCCCGAGGACGGCUCAUUACUGUGGAUCAGGACUGUCAACUCAUUUUCUCAAGUUGGGAUCCUCCUAUAUCGGGAUUUGGUUCUAGUUUGGUUAAAGUAAAACCGGGAGCAAUAUUAAGAUUAUACGGCAGGUGAUCAUAUGUUAUCGGUGAAAAUGCAAAUCUAAAAUAAACGGCACACCAUAAAUAUUUUUAUUUUUUUUA